AUCGGUUCGACUUGUUGCCCGUUCUCAUUCAUUUGGUAUGAUCCAGCAUGUAGCCGUCUUUGUUGAUGUUGCGUUCUCGAUUGCGCGAACACCCCCGUCUGGACUGGGCAUAUCCGGCGCCACGAAACUACCCCUCCAUGAUGCCCUCCUUGACGCAAUGUAACUAAUCAAUCAAGGCCCGGAAGAACUUCUAGGAUAUCAUCUCGAUCCUAUGCCGGUUACAACCUUUUUGGCUUCCAUGUUCAGCAAAACCCUCUCUUGAAGCGCUCCGCCUCGGGAUAAUCAAAACGACGCAUUACGGCGAGCUUACAGUGGAGUUUUCAGGGACCGUCAUCGGAUAACGCCCCCGACACUUACCUAAUGUACCCGGCUUCGAAGUAAAAUCACUACAGGUGCACUGUCAAACCCGAACGCCAGGCCAAUUUCAGGUAGUGUAAUCUUUGUUCAAACCUCCUAAAUCAAGGGUUGCCUGGCUCAAUCUUGUCCGGCUUUCCCCUCCACCGCUGUCAGACCUAGGCAUUACCCGCCGCUUGCAUCUCAUACCCGCCUUCAAAUACAUCGAUACUUGCCCAUAUUUAUAUGAUGCCUUUUAUCGUCAUGCCGGAGCAAACGUGGCGUCCGCAAUAGCACGAUGGUCGUCAAUAAUCAUUUUGGUCACACAAACGGCAUUCGUGCUUCCUAUUCGGUGCUGGAUGGCAGUAGGAAAGCGACCAUUUUCCUGAGAAAGGUCGCGGGGGACCAGAUUCCAGCGGAAUUCGCACAGCAUUUAGAGGAUGUCACUUUAACUACAGCAACUGAUGGGACUCAAAUAUAUUUUCCUUGCCCGUUCAAGGAAACCGAAGCAACUGUUGCUCUGAAAUCAGUGGAGGCAAGUGCAGUUGCAGCUCUCGCUCAUCUAAGAUUCCCAAAUGAAACAACGAAAAGAAAAAUAGAGGUGGAUCUGGAACGAACGGCUACUUUCCUCUUUUCAACCUACAUAGCAACGAUUGCAGGAAUGGGAAAGCAGGAUCCUGAGGUCAAAUCCAAGUUAAAGAGCAAGUUCUCUGCCCCUACUGUGGAAUCAUAUAUUCUAACGUGCCAAGACACCGACUUGCUCCAGGCACAGGCGAUCUUAUAUCGCAGAUUAUCUGCAAACUUGUACGAGACCAAGACUCCUGGGGAAUACUAUCAUAUCCAUGGAUCUCUGGAAGCAGGCAAGACGUUGAAUAUGAUUGGUUUGGAAGCAUAUCGACCAGAUUUGACAGACUACCGAGAAUGUAUCGAUGUGAUCGAGAGCCAUGUCAAGAAGUUUACUAUUCCGGAGUUAGAGAAGAUGAACUUAAGGGAAAAGCAAGCAGGCGUACCUGUUAUCAAAUGGGAAGAAUUCAAGAAAACUAACCAUGGCCAAACACUUCUCUCCACUCCACCAUGGGAAGUCCGUAAGAUCGCCGAUUCUCCUCCAGUCCCAUUUCCAACUUCCUCAUCCUCGUCCUCCUCCUCUGAACCUCAAGUUCUCUCCGGCAUCCGUGUCCUCGAGCUGUGCCGUAUCAUUGCCGGGCCAGCCAUCGGCCGUACCCUUGCAGAAUACGGUGCACAGGUGAUAAAGGUCACUUCUCCCAAUCUCUCCGACGUCCCAUUCUUCCAGGUUGAUGGGAACACUGGAAAACACACCUGUGAUCUCGAUCUGAAGACCCCAGCCGGCCGUCAAGCAUUCGAAGAGCUUCUUCAAAGCGCCGAUGUAGUGCUAGAUGGAUACCGACCAGGAAGUCUGGAGCGUCUGGGAUACGGACCGGAACAGCUCGUCGAGUUGACGAAAGGCCGAGGAAAAGGCAUAAUCUAUGUUGCGGAAGACUGUUUCGGCGACAAAGGCGACAUGGCGGGUCGACCAGGCUGGCAACAAAUUGCAGACUGCUACACAGGCGUAGCAUGGGCGCAAGGCGAAUUCAUGGGCCUGAACGAGCCGGUUGUCCCCCCGUUUCCCAUGUCCGACUAUGGUACUGGAUGUAUGGGAGCCAUUGCAGCUCUAACUGCUCUCUACAAGCGCGCCACGGAAGGAGGCAGUUGGAUAGGGCGAACUAGUCUCUGUCAAUAUGACGUCUUCCUCCUUGGUUUAGGACUCUACGGCCCUGAAGUAAAAGAGCGCGUGCGUCGUGAACACGAUGAGGAUUUCUUUGGGCUUAGACAUGCGGAUAGCGUUGAUGAGGUUGGUGGGAGAGCUUUAAAGAGCAUGCGAAGGGUGCAUCCAGAGCUUUUUGAGAGAAAGUUGAUGCAGACAGCGUACAGUAAGGGGUUUGGGGAGGAUAUCUGCUGGUGUAGAAGUCCGGUUACAGUGGAAGGGUUGAGGGUUGGGUUUGAGAGGGCGAGCAGGCCGAAUGGUUUUGAUAAACCGACUUGGGAGGAAUGGGAGGUUGAGAAGGAUGUUGUGGAGGGGUAAGAGUCGAGUUGCCAUAUCCAGGAAGCAAGCGACGUACACAUGGGUGCGUACCUCACAUUUUGAUAGGCAUACAUAUCUUAACAGGCUACAUAUUA